AGUGGCAGCAGUCUUUCUUCAAUUAUAAACCGAAUGGAAACUAAAGAAUCUCCCCCAACGUAUAAUUUAGUGAAUAAAUUUACUUCUGGAUUUCAGAAUAUUGUUGAUGCUUAUGGUGUAGCAUCAUAUGAGGAAGUAAAUCCAGCUCCUUACACCGUUAUUACUUUUCCGUUUCUAUUUGCUGUUAUGUUUGGUGAUGCUGGACAUGGUUUACUCAUGUCCCUUUUUGCUUUCUGGAUGGUAGUGAAAGAAAAGCAACUUUUAGCUAAAAAAAGUGACAAUGAAAUAUGGAAUACUAUGUUUGGUGGACGUUACAUUAUUCUUUUGAUGGGAUUAUUUUCCAUAUAUACGGGUAUGAUUUAUAAUGAUGCUUUUGCAAAAUCAAUGAAUAUUUUUGGAUCUGGAUGGAAAAUUCCAGCAAAUUUUUCAAUCACUGACAAGGUUGCUACAUUAGAUCCACGAGUAAGUUUCGACUCCAGUCGAACUGCAUAUCCGUUCGGGGUGGAUCCUAUAUGGCAAAGCGCAGCAAAUAAAAUUAACUUUCUUAACUCGUACAAGAUGAAAGUUUCCAUCAUUUUGGGUGUUGCACAAAUGUUAUUUGGUGUCCUCCUUAGUCUUGUAAAUCAUGGCCAUUUUAGGAAACGAAUUAAUGUUUUUUGUGAGUUCUUCCCUCGAGUUAUAUUUCUGAUGAGCAUUUUUGGAUAUUUAGUCGUUAUGAUUUUCAUGAAGUGGACCAAAUAUACAAGUAAUGAGUCGGGCUGUGCUCCUAGUCUUUUGAUAUCAUUAAUCAAUAUGUUCCUAAUGAAAUAUGUGGAUGAACCUUGCUAUUUGCUGCCCAUGUAUAAUGGUCAGAAAACUGUGCAGAUGGUAUUAGUUUUUGUUGCUCUAAUUUGUGUUCCAUGGAUGUUAAUACUUAAACCUAUCAUACUGCAUAUGCAUAAACAGAAAUAUGAAGUUACACCUGCUGAAGGUCAUGAUGAAGAUGAAGGGUUUGGUGAUCUAUUUAUUCAUCAAGCUAUUCAUACCAUUGAAUACUGCUUGGGCUCCAUAUCUCAUACUGCAUCCUAUCUUCGAUUGUGGGCCUUAAGUUUAGCUCAUGCACAAUUAUCAGAAGUUCUGUGGAAUAUGGUUAUGAGAAUGGGCUUCACUGCAGUUUCUGGCUAUGCUGGCUCUAUUGUCAUGUUUGUGAUAUUUUCAUUUUGGGCUGUUUUAACUAUUGGAAUUCUAUUGGUUAUGGAAGGAUUGUCUGCAUUCUUGCAUGCUUUGAGGUUGCAUUGGGUUGAAUUUCAGAGCAAGUUUUAUGAUGGUCAAGGAUAUGCAUUUGUUCCAUUUUCUUUUAAAAUUCUUCUGGAAGAUAAUCCAGAGCCUUAGAGCUUGAUAGUUUAAAAUUAGUCCAAGCAUUUAUAUACAGAGCUUUGUCACUUUCUGUUAAUCAAGAUAUUUGUAUUUAGGGAGCGCUUAUAAACUGUUAAAAUUCUAUAUUUUAGAGACUUUACACGUUUUUACAGCUGUUUGUGUGAACAUUAUUCAUGUGUGUGUUCCAUUCAUGUUAAUGGGUGUAUAGUUUUUGAUGAAAUGAAAACAUUUUGAAAAGCAUAUAUAUGUACAGUAAUACCUCAGAAUUGAGCUUUGGUUGGACUGAAAAAGCAAGGUGUGAUUUGAAUUUACAAAAGUCGAGGAUUUUUUUUUCUUCUUUUUCAAAUACAUAUCAUUUCAGGACAGCUGAGAUCAAAAAUUUUCAAAAUGUUGAUCUAUUUUUAAAAAGUGCAAUAUAAUUGAACGAUAAAAAAUAAGAAACCUUGUAUUUCUGAGUUCUCAUAAUUCAGGGGUCACAUAAGUCAGAGUAUUACUGUAUAUGCAUUUAUUUUUAACUUAUACAUCUUGGAUAAAAAAUUUUACAAAAGCAUCAAAUUGUUAUUUAUUUUCUGAUAAAAAGAUUAAAAUCUUUAAAAUAUUUGCCAUUUUACUAAAGCUAACAUAAUUGAUUAAACUAAUAAGUUCAGUGAUUGUUAGUUUUUUUUUUUUUUAGCAGUUGGAACUCUGUUGGAUUUAAUUAUAAAGGCAAAUUUUAAUGUUUUUAUCCACUUAACUGGAAUCUGUAGUAGAAUAAUGUGAUUUGUAGGUUUUUUUAUUCUACUAUCAUUGCAAUUUCUGAAAACACAAAAUUUUGCAAGUUUUAAACUUUAAAGUUAUAGUUUUUUCCAAAAUGUUUUUUCUGUAUGUUUGUUUUAUUUAUUGUUGUAGAGAUAGUGAGAAAAAAUAUUGUUAUUUUGAUACAGUUUCAAAUUAACUUAACGAGGUUAUUAAUCGUCACAUUUUAAUACAUUUAAUUUUUAAUUCAAGAAGUUUUUUUUUUUU